AUGGCUAGCAUAUCCCCUAUGCUCAGUAUUUCACCUAAAUCACCAAAAUUAAGGAGACCACGAUCUAACGCAAGUUCGGUGCGUAGUGUUAGCCCUCAGCUCCUGAUUAACCGGGACGAAAAUGACGCUCUACGAGGCUACGUCGAUGAGGUUGUAUUGACUUUUGUGAGCGCACGAGAGAAGGGCUACAAUUUUUCCUCGGUGGCUGAUUGCAUUCGACAAACCAUUAGCACCCAAAUUUACGAACCGAAUCAACUCUUCUUCUGGCUUCAAAAUAAUCAGAAUACACCACAAUACAUAACACUAUUGGGAUUCUUCCAUUUCCAAGGAAUUGGUACUUCACAUGCCGACAAACGCAAGGGAUUUCAUUUAUUCCUGACGGCCGCAAAGAUGGAAUAUUAUGUCGCACAAGAUCUGGUGGCCGAUUGCUAUUGCUUUGGUCAUGGCACACCAAAGAUGCCAGAGUUAAGCUUUGAAUGGUAUCAAAAGGCAAACCAUAACGGUAGUACCGACGGGGAAUUUGGCUUGGGAUAUUGUUACGACAUGGGUAUUGGGGUGAAAAGGAAUUUGACCAAGGCAUUCCAACAUUAUAAGAACGCUUCGAAGAAAGAGAAUCGAUCGGCAAUGUUUUUGUUGGCACAGUGUUACGAUCUAGGACUGGGUGCAGAGAAAGAUCGGGAGCAGGCGAUAAACUGGUACAAGAAAGCCAUAGAAUAUGGGAAUACUGACGCACGUGAGCCCCUAGAAGAAUUGUUGAGAAAUGGCAAUUCCGAAUCGAAUGGGUCAAAUGAAUCUGAAUAG